AUGACAGCGCAAACAGAGGCACCGAAGACGAUCAAAACGGCGGCGCGACCGCAGGACGGUCCGAUGGUGCCAGACUACGGGCCACUGCGUGCGACCGGUCUAUGGUCCGUAGAGGAGGUGCUUGACGAGUCGAAAAAGACGGUCGACUUCCGCCGCAUCGACGAUGUCGAGAGCGAGAUCAUCGAAGACCACACGAAUGCCGAGGAGGCACUCGUCCCAUAUGCGGAAGAGGAGGCGUGGAAGCACAAGCUCAUGUUUGAGUACAAGUUCAAAAAGACACCAAAACACCUCACGUGGAAGGAGAUGGGCGAAGAGAUCGAGUGCAUGGACUGCGUCAUCGAGCUGGACGAGCACCGCCCCGAGGAGCUCUUCACAAUUUUCUUUUACUUCACAGAUAAAAAGACCGGCACGCGCGACUUGGUGUGGUCGGCGCGGAAUGACGUCUCGUACUCGGAGGGAUUCACGGAUCUCCUCGCCGCCAUUGGGGCGUGUCUCGGGCGCUCGGACGUGCAUCGCACCAUCCGCUUUGAUGACGGCGUCGGUUGCACACGCGACCUCACGUUCCGCAAGCGGUCUCGCUACACAUCCGACGUGUACGUGGCCUUUCGCCCCCCCGAGAAGUACGACAAGUUUCAGCGGAAGGAGGAGAAGGACGAGUACGAGGCAUCCAUGGAGAGGGAGGGCAUGAGCACGUGGGGGUACCACCCGUCCCUCAUGGAUCCGGAGUUCAGCGAGCUGGACUUCAAGGACCCGGAGGGGACGUACGAGGUUGCCAUAUCCGCUCACGGCUUCUCUUUUGUUGUGCUGCGAGCAAUUGGCCGCCUCCUGGCCCGGCCGAUGAAAGACUUCUACCGACCUUCGCAGCUGAUGCGGACGGCAAAAGUAAGGACAGAGGACGAAAUCGGCUUCACGCAUGCCUUGAAGGGCUGGCUGGGCGUCGAUGAGCAACUCUACCCCCACUACACCCCCAUCGAGGCGCUGCAGGACCACUGGCUGGGCAAGGACGCUCCGUUUAGUCUCUGCGCCAUCGUCAAUAAGCUGCGCGAGAUGAACUAUCUCAAGAAGGAGAAUCCCGAGUUUCAGUCGUGGCUGUCCGUGCGGAGCCACGACACGCACCUCGCCAUUCGCAACAUGGGUGUGAAGCUGCUGGGCGUCGGGGCCAGCACGCUGUUUGUCCCAGUGUCGCACAAUGCCACCGUGAACCGCCUCCUCCCCAAGCCACAGCAGCGCCGGCUGGAGAGUCGAUUUUCGUUGAACGCUGUUCUCGGGCUUCCAGACGAGACGCGAAAGUUGAAAGACUUCAAACAAAUCACUGGUCACGACCGCAUCACCGACGUGCCGACAUCUAGCACGCGGGAGACAGCCACCAUCGCGUCUCCAGCCCAAGACGAGGCAAGCGUAAAAAACUCGCCGACAUAG